AUCAACGGUUGCUGUUGUCGCUCUCCUUUUGAGAAACGGGGCCUAUGAUUCGAUUCUGGGAAUGGCUGACCUCAAUUCUUGUUUGCAUUUGUGGAUCAUAUCAAACGUAGUGUUCCGUUACAUCGGAGGGCAGCAGAUUCAUCCCCAGCUCAACUUGUCGGCACGACACUGCACGAUAGAUAAGCCAUGUCCGGUACAAAGGUUACCUGUCGAGACUAUGGUCGAAAUCCCUUCUCUCCUGAAUAGCUACUUUCCUUUGACUCUGCAUAUUCUCUAUGACAAGGAUAACGAAGAUCGGUUGAGGAAUUUAACCAACCUACCCAGAGCCUUUCGUGGGAUCACAUUAUCGGCCUACGAUGUCGGUCUACAAACGCUCGGUCAGGCAUUAGAGUCUGCCGGUGGGACAACUCUCUUCUUGGUUAUGUGUUCAUUAGACAAUGCUGUGCAGAUAUUCCAGAAGAUUAAAACUCGGAGACUCAAGGGCCACUCAGCUCAGUGGCUUCUGGCUCUGAAGGACAAAGAUGAGGCGGAUUUGCUAAUCCCUCGCCUCGAAGGAUUAAUUCGGGAGGGAACGCGCGUCAACCUCGUGACUGAAGAAUCCUUCGAAAAAUUAUGGGUGUUCUGGUCAAGAGUUGACUUACGCGGAAUCACACGAUUCCACGGGAGGCAAUUCACCAACAUCACCGCCCACAAUCGUAACAGGGAUUACCUGGCUCGCCUUCUGAUGCCUAACAACCACCUCCUGUACUCCAACAUGAAAGGAAGGACAUUGAAAAUAGGAGUGAAUAACGCCGCUCCUCUCUUUAGCAUCGAAUCCGUCUCUGUCGACGGGUUGAACCAAGACAGGUACUCCGGUAUCGACCUUUCUAUACUGAAGUCUCUCAGCGCCUUCCUCAACUUCAAGUUCGAAAUCAUAAGGUCCAUCGACAACACUUGGGGGGACCUGCAACCGAACGGAACAGCGACCGGCGUUAUUGGGAUGGUCCUCAGGGAUGAAAUCAACGUGGCCUUGGCUCACAUGACAAUCACGAAGACAAGAGCAAUGGCAGCAGACUUCACCCACCUAUACUAUCAGGACACAAUCACCAUAAUUUCGCAAGCUCCUACAAUUAUGAAUCGGACUUUUGCAGUAUUCUCUCCAUUCCAGUCAAUGGUAUGGGGAGUCAUCAUUCUUUCGAUUCUGUUCCUGGGUCUUAUUCUGAAGGUCCUGUCAAAUCUGACAGAGUUCUGCAUGCAACAAGAAUCCAUAGGAACUCUCCAAUUGGUCACCUUCAACAUAUUUCGAUCUAUCAUCAACCAGGGCAAUCAAAUUUCAGUGGCGCUAUGGUCGCACAGAUGCGUUUGCUUUGCGUGGUACAGCUUCUGCCUGAUCUUUAAUGCCCUUUAUUCUGGGACUCUUAUAGCAGUGCUGGCUAUCCCAUCCUAUGAGAAGCCAGUCGAUUCUCUCACUGACCUUCCUAGGGCAGUCAAGCAUGAGGGAUAUACCCUUGGAACGAGCCGCUUGUCGAUGAUGGAGUUUCUUUUCAAGUAUGCCACUGAGGGCAUCUAUAAGGACACAUGGGCUUUAUUCAACCACAAGGAUCGAGAUCAAAGUUUCGUUCAAGGGGACUUGGCCUAUCAACUGGUUCUAGAAAGAGACAAGUUCCUAUACAUAAGUCCUUCACUGAGGGCGAAAACGGAGGCUUUGAGGUAUGGGAUAGAGAAAUUCCUACAUAGGAAGGGACACUUUUUCCUCCAUGUGGAUCGGCUACGCUUGUGCAAUAGGGGCUCCAUUUAAGGAGGAAUUCAACAGGCUGAUCCUGAGGAUGAUUCAGGCAGGCCUCAUCAUCAAGUGGAAAGAAGAUGAGCUUAUGAAGAUGAAGAAGGCAAGACCAGAUAAAACUCUUCCGAUGGAACGACCGAUAAAGCUAAUCUAUAUACAGGUGAGACUCGAUCCUUGUCUCAAACUUGAAAACAAUGAACCAUGGGUUAAUGAACAAAUCAAUGAUUAAAAGAAAAAUACCAUAUUCGUUGGAAGAUUGAAUUUCAUGUUAAUGGCUCCUGUGGAUUACACUGACCAAAUCUUCCGAAUAUACAUUAACAUGGCUGUAUGAUGACAUGCAUUCUUUGAAAUUUUCUUUAGCGCUGGUGAGUCUGACAGCAAUAUUUUCAUACAAAAUAUGUCUUUAUUUCCAGGCUGCUUUUUAUAUGCUGUUGCUUGGCUAUGCAGUCUCAACUUUCAUAUUUCUACUGGAGAAAAUUCAGUUUGCCAUUUGCAAAACCAAAUCUGCUUAAUCAUAGAGAAAAGCUGCUGAAUUACAUUAGAUAGCCAUGUUAAAAGGAGCAGCUAAAAUAUUUAAUCUGUAAUGGAAAAUAUACUUUACUAGAAUUAUGUGAAAUGCAUUAGUAUAGCUUUUUAUUUUCCAAUAAUCUGACUAUAUAAUUAGAUGAGGAUUUCAUUUUAAGGAAGAACACCACUAAGUUUAGAAUGACUUGUUGCACUUUCACCUUAUAGCCAUUGGAAUCUCCUUCACCAAGACAAAAUUAAGAAUUGUUAGGCAUUCAAGUGUAGACCAAGAUCUGUCUAAACUGUGGGACAGUAAAAAAACUUUUAAGGGUAUUAGGUUUUGGAGUCCAGGGGAAAAUGUAUAAGCCUCCUCAAAAAGCCA